AUGGCGGGCGGCAACCUCGAAGUUUUCAAGUUUGGGGUAUACCUUUUUAUACCUAUUUUUACCAUGUUCUACUACGCAAGUCCGGAGUGGUAUAAUAAGCAUGUAUUACCUGCUCGCGAUCGUUUCUGGCCACCCGAGGAUAAGACCAAUAAACCGCCUACCAACCCCACAGAUCUUCACGCCGAACUCGCACGAUUACGAGCGGAACGGCUCGCCCGGCGAGCAAAACACUCGCCAGACUCUGAAUCUAGCUCAGAUCGUUAA